AUGGUCCAUCUGAAGUGGACCCUGCUGUCCUGUGAGUAUAUUUGUCUUUACAUGAAACCUUUCAGGCCUCGGGGGUCUCCUAUUGGUUCAACGGAAUCCUCUAACACUUUGACAAACAUAACAGAGAGGAUUCCUGCAGAGAGAGAGCUUUAACGGGAUUACUGUAGCGAAUAAAAACAGUGAUUUCAACCUCGCAGAAAACUGGAGCAGAUGGUCUGUUAUUGUACUAGGUACUUUUUAGACAGGUGUGGUGGUUAGGGGCAAAAACAGUGAGUGGAUAUUCAAAUAAGCUGAGAGCGAGGCAGCGGCCUGGAGGUGAGGAAAUAUUUGUUUUAAAACACCUCAGUGUUUGGUGCAUGUGCAGGUUAAAAAUAUUUGAAUCAGCUGCUCAAAUGUUCAUUUACACUUUUCUUUUUCUUGAGUUUUCUUUUAUUUUUAUUGAGAUGUAGAAAAAUGCAGUGUCAGUGACAAUCCAUAUGACUCUGGUAAAAUCUGACAGUAUUAAUAAGAGGAGUCGGGAGGGAUGGAUGGAGGUAGUCUUUAAGGUUGCCAGAAAGUGCUCAGUAAAGUCUUGAAUCGGUAAAACAGCACCGUUAAGAUUUUGUUGAUUUUUUCACUUAGACGUGUAUUAAUGGAGAUCUGUCUCUCUUUUGUAGGUCUCGCUGCGGUGCUCAUCCUGCUUUCAGUCACCAGUGAGUUCUAAUUUCAUUGUUUUGCUGGUUUUUGCAUUCACAUGUGAACACAUCGUGUAUUUAGAGAAGCAGUUCAGAGGAUUUUCUCAGUUUUGGCCCAAACCAACAGUAAACAAGUCCCCAGUACUUGAAAAAGACACCAUGACAGCCCCGCCAAAGUAAAGCUGAACAUCCAGAGCUCCCUUCAUGACUGGCCACAGUAUAAUUCAUUGUACCAUGUUACCAGAUGGAACAUGACUCCGACUGUAAAAUAAAAACAAAGAUCAUAGGUUUUUUAAGUGAACAUCAGUGGUGUUUGUGAUCCUGAUUUAUGUCCAGAUUUUUUCUAAAAGGGAAGUUUUUUAUAUUAAUCAGUUUUAAGAAGCUGUGGAUGGAAAAAAUCUUGGUAUUGAAGAAAAUGACCCGAGAGAGGGUUGCCUGAGACUUUACUUACUUAUUGUAGAGGGAACCAACCUGAUUUGGACUGUGCAGGACAACUUAAGGAUUUUUAAAUUGUGGACAUGCUGUGGACCUGCCAAGCCUUCAACAGAGGUCUUCAUCAACAAAGUCCUGAAGACUUUGCAGCCUGUUGUAGACUCUGCUGGUCCGAUGUAGAUAUUGCAGAAUUGAAACAGACUUUGCAUACCAGUUUGCUGACUUUGUUUGACUGGUGUCAACGUUACGGGCCUGUUUUGAAUGUCUGUUGGUGACUUUGCAGCCUUGCUGUAGACUUUACUGACCUGCAUUUUCAAACUUUGGAUUUAAAGGACCUGGUGUAGUCCUCUUCCUGUAGACUUUAUAUCCCUCUCUUGAUGUUGUUGACCAGAAGAGUUGGUAGGGUUUUGGACUGUCUGUACCUGCUGCAGACUGUGUUGGACUGCAUAAACCAGAACACUGCCAACAUGGUCAUUUUGUCCCCUUCCAUUGGUAUCUGUAGAUAGAGGUGACUCUGCUUGUAAAAAGGACUGUCUUUACAUUAUUGCUUUAUUUAUGCUUUAUUUCAAAGUCACCAGAUUCUGAGGGUACUCCACUGGUCAUGCUAGCAUGCUAAGAUUUGAUGUUUGCCUGAGUAAAAUUCUUGUUUGUGUGUGUUCAAGGUGAAUCCCAGUGCGAGUCAUUAUCUUUGCCAACUUUAUCAUCGAAGGAGAGUGCGAGGUGAGUCGUGGUGUUUUUACAUUUGAACACCUGGUGUGACCCUCAGGUGCAGUUGGUACCAGAAAAACUGCCUGUUUGAAUAAUAAGGGCUGACCACAGUAAACGUAGCUCAUAUUUUACCGCACCACUCAGAGACAAAACCACAGUUGCAACACUUUAACAGUUUCUUUCACCUGUUGGGGGUCAGAAAUGUCAAGUAUACUGGUUCUUGUUCUCCUGGAGCACUCGCCAAGUUUUUUGUGUUUUGGGUGUUUUUCUGCAUCCAACUGCAUCAGUUCAUGCCUGACCUCCCCAGACAGGCAGCCAAUCCUUUUUUAUGCAUCUGAAUUCAAAACCUUGCCAGAGACAACUAGGACAUGUUGUAAACAGACUUUGUAAGGGACUAUUAAUAAACUUAAAGGGAAUUUUAAAAAUGUAAUUGUGAUAAUUUUUCACUUGAUAGAAAUCAAACAGCUGAUUACAGGAAUGGAAAAAGGUGCUCUGCUUUUUUAGAAUUAUUUUCAAUAAAUCAUUCACAUAAAUUUUUAAAAGUAGUUAAUACAAAGCUUAUUUUUUCAGCAUAACAUGACCAAAUAGUGUAUCAUUAUCACAAUCCAGUCAUGCUCAAACAUCCCCACAUACAUCACUCUCAAUUGUCCCAGGACCGCUUCACAAAAUUUGCCCGGAAAGCUCAGGGCCAAUCCAAACAGCUUCUUCUGGCACCUGCAGUCACGUCCUGCCUUCCCCAACUUCUGCUAUUUUCUUCUAUGAUAGAGUCAUAGAAGAAGAGUUAUCAUCACCCUGAGAGCAUUUGAGUCAAUAAUUUUCUGAAUAGGAAGAUUUGGGUUUGGAGUGAGACGGCUCAAACAUUUGUCUAACAAAAAGUCAGCUGCCUGUCCCUGACAGUCCUGAAAAACAGCCUUACUGGAUAACAAGCGGUUUUUGAACAAAGGUCUCAAUAGUCAAGGAUGUUUGACUGAGAAAAAUAUGAAACACAAUAAAGAAGUAUUUUUCCUCCAGUCAUUAAUCUACACCUGAAUUUUUAUUGUCUUAUCUCUUUCACAGUGAAGAAAUAAAACCAUCAGCUUUGGACAGCAGGCAACCAUCAGCCUCCUUCAACAACAGCCUACACCCUCCUAUCAGAAGACAGAUCUCUCUCUUUGGCUUCAGAACAAAACGUUCUGUCCUCAACAACAUAAUACCGCCCGUCAUCAGCAAACCAACGGUUCAAAAAAACAGCAAAAGGCCCAAAAGUACAACCAGUAACAAACCAAAGUGUCCUCAGAGAAAUAAGAAAAUUCAAAAAGUUCCCAUUAAGAAGAGAAAAAUUUGUCCUAAAAGAAAAAACUGGGCUGUGACUCUCAGGAUCAAGUCAAACCAUGACUCCAGAAAGAAUCCAGUAGAACCUGUCAAAAAGAAAACAAAAUGUCCCUUACAAAAGAAGAAGACUGUCAUGUCCAAUCAAAAACCAAAGUGUCCUCUCCACAAAACCAGAAGAAUAUCUGUCAACAACAGCAAACACAAGUGUCCAAUCGGCAAAAAACCAAAACCAAGACCAACAUGUCCUGUGAGAAAAACCUGGGCAGGUACCACCAGACAUGAGGCAAAAUAUUCCCUCAAAAACAUCCCAACGGUACCAGUCAAAAAGAAAACAAAGUGUCCCCUUAAACGGAAAUACACUGUUACCAUCAGCAAAAGAGCAAAGUCUCCUUCGAGUAGGACCAGAAAAGUAUCAGUCCACUUCAGCCCCUUCAUCAAAUACCAAAAAGUUCCUGCAAAGAAAACAAAAUGUCUCAUUAACAGAAAACAGCCACGUGUCAUUAGGAACACACCAAAAGUUCUCCUGAGCAUCAAACCAAAAUACGAGUUUGGAAACAAAAAGAAAUGUUCCCUUAGAAACGACCGAAAACUUCCUGUCAAGAAAAAAGCUAAAUGUGCUUUAGGUAAAAAUUGGGCAAUUACUUAUAGCAACAAACGGCAGGAUGGCAACAAACCCAAAGUUCAUGGUAAGAAUAAAUCCAAGUGUCGCUUGAGCAGUAACCAUAAAGCACCUGCCAAGAAAACAAAAAAAGUACCAGUCAAGAAACUAAAGAGUCCCAUUAGCAGGAGCCUGACAGUCACAAUCAGUAAAAAGCAAAAUACAGUUCCUGGCAACAAACAAAAGUGUACCAUCAAGAACAACCAAAAAGUACUUGUCAGAAAAAAGACUACAUAUCCCCUACACAAUCAAAAAGUUCCUGUCAAGAAAGAAAAAAAAUGCUCCCUCAGCAAGAAGAAAAUGUGGGUCCACAGUAAAACCCUAAGGUUACCUCUAGGUAACUUUAAGAAAUGCCCUGUCUCCAUCAAGCACCAACGUAGAUACAGCAGCAACCUAAAAGUGCCUGUGAAGAAAAAAACAAAAUUUCCCAGCAAAAACAAACGAAAAGUUCCUGCCUCGAAAAAUCAAGGGUGCUCCAUUGGAAAAAACUGGGCAAUGAAUAAAUCACAGUGUCCCCUCAGGAACAACCAAAAAGUCCCUGUUCGGAAAAAGACAACAUGUCCUUUACAUAAGAACUGGGCAGCCACCGGCAUAAACAAACCAAAGUGUCCUCUGGACAAAAAAAAAAAAGUUCCUGUCUUGAAGAAGGAAAAACCUCUUCUGGGGAACACCCCGACCAUUACCACUAGCAGUAAAACACAAUGUGGCAAUAAACAAAAGUGUCCAUUUGAAAAUCAAGUAAAGCCCCCUUCCAAAGAAAUAUCAACGUCCAGCACCAAAGAAAAAGUUCCCACCAGCAGCAAAGUCAAACUGUCAAACAGGGACAAACUCAGGAUCCUGAUUCACUUCGAACUUUAUCUCUUAAUCAGUCUCAGAUCUAGACUGUGUCUGCCUUGCAGAAGAUCAGCAUUUCAGUCACUACUCCCUUACUACUUAAGACAACUUUCCCAAUCAAUAUUCCCGUUCUACUUUAGACCACCUUCUCAAUCAGUAUACCCGUUCUACUUUAAACCACCUGCUCUAUCAUUGCAUCCGCUCUCCUUUAAACUACCUUCUCAACAGAGCACAGGGAACACCCCCUUUACGUUUGAAAGUACGAUCUGUGAGGGAAGGCUGGGCCAGUUUCAGUGUCGUAAGUCUCAUUCACGCUCACCACGUUUUAUUUUGGUGUUUAGUCUGUCUGUUUUAUGGCUGAUUUUCGUUCUUUUGUUCUAGCUAACGGAGAGAGGAUCCGGAUAGAGUCAGCUGUCUAUGGUCGUCAGAAUAUUCACACCUGUAUGACCUUCAGCAUUUAUGGGAAAAAACUAAACACCAACUGCAAGCGUGACGUCACUGCCAUCCUGAGCAAUAUGUAAGACUUUUUGGUUAUUUCAAGAGAUCUGUGAUAAUGCUGAAACGUUUGUUCAUUAGAGUCCAGGGAUCUGAUGAAGACCUGACUUUCAAAGCUGCGGUGAUUCUGAGCAGGUGUCUGGUUGUCCAUGUGGGUAUUGUGGCAAACCCUAAUGGUGUUCUUGAUCAUCAAGGUUUCCUAUUCCACUCAGUCCUUGGGAUCUUUGAUUAGGCUCUUGAUGGGGGCUCACAAGGUUUUGGAUCCAGUCAAGUGGCUCAUGAAGAGGUUCCAGUGGUUAUUGUUUUGGUUUUUGGUCAUUUGUUCAAGCCCUACUGGUCCUUGUUGAGAUGUUUGAUAAGGAUGUCCUAGAAAUGCUGUUGUCAUGGUCCUUGUGUAUCUGCCUGUUAAUCAUUGACAAGUCUUUUGUGAAGGACAGUUUGAGCACACUAAACGGAGGUCAUUAAGUCCUCAUUACAGUCCAGGUUUUCCUGAUUCAAUUUCUGUGGUUCUUGAGUUGGUUCUGUUGGUACUAUGUCCUUGUUGUCCAUGAUGGGGUAGGAAUACUCUGGAUGCAGUCCUUUAAGUACCUAAUGCAGUCCUGGUAAUUCUUGGUUACCUUAAUGGAUUAUGAUGAUCCUUGUUUAAUCUAGUUCUUGUUUUCCUCAUAAGGUUCUUGUUAAGGAUGUACUGAUGGUGCUUGGAGCAUUGCAGUAGACCUUGAUAAGGUUUUGACUGUUUUUUUUGUGAUAUUCUCAUUAGUCUUUGUUCGUUCUAGUCCUAGGUGUCAUUAGCAAUGAGGUUCUAGCUUUGGUAUUACAAUUCUUGAUGAGUUUUGGUGGUUGCUGCAAAUUCAAGUGGUCCUUGGUUACUUUUGUUGAUAAUCUAGAGGUUUCUGUGGCAGUACAGCUCUGGUUGAGGUUGUAGACCUUGAUAUUAUUCCGUGGUUCUUGGGGCUGUGGUAUUGGUGCAGGAAGUAGAGCAGCUGUUCUUAAUGACAUUCUUGGUACUUGCUAAAAAGGACGUGCAAAUGCGAUCGUCGUUGACGAUUCGGUUCAGGUGGUUCUAGUGGCCCUUUUCCAGCCUAGUUGUAGUUGUCCCUGAUGUCCUUGAUUUGGUGGUGGAGGUCCUUUAUGGGGUUUGGUUGAUCUCCACUUGGGAUCUUUCUCAGACCAAAGUCUCCAUGAGGAUGAGAAGGUCUCCUGGUGAACUUGGAGCUUCAGGCUGCUGAAUCACUUGGUUUAAACCAAUGACGUGUUCUCUCUUUCAGGUGUAACAAUAGGACACUGUGCUACAUCUAUGUGGACAAUGAGGAGAUGGGAGGAGACCCGUGUCCAAACACCUACAAAUACUUGACCUUUACCGCCAGCUGUGUGUAAGUGGUGAAAUAUUCUGUAUCAUCACAUUCAUGCCUGAUUCCUCUACAUGUUGACCCUUAAAUAGCAAACAGAAGGUGAUUUUGUUUAUUAUCUUCAGGGCCUGACAUCAACACCAGCCAAUCUGUCAAAUUCAGGUAGAUCUCACCUAUGACGGCUAACACAGUCAUUCCCAUGACCAACACUGGCCUAUAAACUUUUCAUUGUACUCUUUUCAGAAGGCAUCUGGAAUAAUAAACUGUUGGCACUAUGACGCUGCAGCUCUCAUGAGCACUUCCAGCACAGAGUUGUACUGCUUCAGUUCAUUCAUGAAGCCUGUUAGUUUGCUGGUGAUGACCUGCAUUAUAACUUAGUGAUUGGAAGUCUCUCAGUCCACCAUGUCAAAACCAGUGAUGGUUUUUCCAGUUUGGCUUCAUUGACAUCUCUAUCAAACCAGCAGUUCUCUUUGGCCAAUAAGCAAACUUUGUCUAAUGGGGUGUAACUUUGGGAAACCACAAACUACGGUGGCUGGUGAGCAGGAAAGUUGAUGUCAAGCCCUGGUUAUGUUUGUCAUCCAACUCACAUUACUUCUUUUGUUUUCUGCACAUCCAGAACCUGACGACUGUCUCUUCACAUUGUGAGGAUUGUCAGUGGUCCUCAUUUGCAUCCAAACGCCUGAGAGUUUUGAUUGGUUGCAUUGGUUUUAGCCAUUCCUGCACAGUGAAACUGCAGCACAGAUAAAACUGGAGAAGUUACUUGAUUGUUGCAGCACCACCUUGAGCUAACAUGCUGUAUUUUACUGUUUAUUCUGUCAACUGUCAACCUGGUUUAGUAAUUUAGUUUUACAUGUUUAAUUUAAUCAUUUUCCCAUUUCGUAUUCUGUCUGAUGGUCCAAUUCGCAAAACAUCCUGCCCGAAUGAUAUUUGAACACAUAACUCUGUUAACCCUCUGCUGCUCUGCACAGUUUGCUCUUGUUUUGCGCCUUAACCUGUCGACGAACCAUCAGCAUCAUCUCUUGCUCUCUAUACGCUCUUAUUCUGAUGGAGUUCAAAUCCAUCAACACCCAAAUGAUGAAGUUCAUUGAUAAAGCUGUUUGUAAAUUGGACCAAUUUGAAAGUAAUUGCAUUAGAAUAGUCAAAUGUGGCCCUGACAGCACAUUUGCAGCUUUGCGCUCUGUUUUAUCUGCAGCAGUUUGUUGCAUUUAACCCUUUGUGUGCUUUGUGAAUUGGACGGUUUCUUUGACUUCUAUGCUUAGCGGACUAGAUCAGGCUCAAAACUUUUACCUUCUCUGUUUGCUCCAUUUCUUUUGGAACCCCUAUAGUCCACCCCAAAUUAUGAAUUUGUCGAAACAACUUAAUAACUUGUGUUGAAAAUAUUAAAGCAUUGAUGAUAACUGUCUUUCUGAAAAAAAAAAACUACUGUCUACUGUAACAUACAGGGAGCAAUAGUGGUUCUUUACAGU